AUGAUCAAGCCUGAUGGCGUUCAAAGAGGCUUGGUUGGUGAGAUCCUUGGCAGAUUUGAGAAGAAAGGUUUCUCCUUGAAAGGUUUGAAGCUCAUCACUGUGGAUCGCCCUUUUGCUGAGAAGCACUAUGCUGAUUUAUCUGCAAAGCCCUUCUUCAAUAAGCUGGUUGAGUACAUUAUAUCUGGCCCUGUUGUUGGAAUGGUUUGGGAGGGUAAGAAUGUGGUGACUACUGGCAGGAAGAUUAUUGGAGCCACCAACCCUGCCGAGUCUUCUCCUGGAACCAUCCGUGGUGAUUAUGCCAUCGACAUUGGCCGGAACGUAAUUCAUGGUAGUGAUUCAGUUGAGAGUGCAAGGAAGGAGAUUGCUCUUUGGUUCCCAGAAGGAAUUGCAGAAUGGAAGAGCAGCCUUUACCCUUGGAUCAACGAGUGA